CGGUUACUAGCUGAUGCCUCAGGAUCGCACGAACGUUCGGGAGUUCAGCUUAAUGUACUGUAUACGUAUUGCUAGAGCUGAGGCCAUGGGGAAAGGGUGCAUCACUGCCACCAAGUACUUCCUGUUCCUGUUCAACAUCCUCUUCUUCAUUUUUGGAGCCCUGAUUAUGGGAUUUGGGCUGUGGGUCCUCCUAGACAAUGAGAGCUUCAUAGCUGUCCUACAGGAGUCAUCCACCUCACUGCAGGUGGGCUCCUACAUCCUGAUUGCUGUGGGCUCGCUCUCCAUGUUCAUGGGCUUCCUGGGCUGUAUUGGGGCCGUCUACGAGAUCCGCUGCUUGCUGGGCCUGUACUUCACCUGCCUCCUGUUGAUCCUCAUUGCCCAGGUGACGGCUGCUGUGCUCAUCUACUUCCAGCGGGACUUGCUGAAGAGUGAGAUGUCCAGCAUUGUGAACAGGAUCAUCGUGGACUACAGCGGGCAGAACAAGACCACAGAGCAGGCCUGGGACUACAUCCAGAGGACGAUCCAGUGCUGUGGCUGGACCGGUCCCAGUAACUGGACUGAGAAUACCCUGAUGAAGAACAGCUCCCUGAUACUGUACCCCUGUUCCUGCCGGAACAUGUCCCUCUCCCAUGUGGAUGUCAAGGAAAGUGGCCUGUGUGAGAGCUCGUCCCCGGAGUGGCCUGUUUACAGCCAGGGCUGCAUCUCCAGUGUAGAGAACUGGCUCCUCAACAACUCCGGAGUUAUUCUUGGAAUCUGCAUCGGAGUGGCGGUCAUUGAGCUGCUGGGGAUGAUCCUGUCCAUGUGCCUGUGCAAGAGCAUUCAGCAGGAGGACUACACCAAAGUGCCAAAGUACUGAGGCUCAGGGCUGAUAAAGUGUACCCUCAGUGGUACAUAGUCCAUACUGUGCCAAUCCACUGUCCCUCUAUCUCUGUCCUGAACAAAUGACCUCUCACUGUCCCUCUGUCUCUGUCCUGAACCAGAGACCUCUCUUUCUGUCUCAUCUACUCCAAAA